GAGUCACCAGCAGAGCAAGUGAUUCUGAGGGAUAUCAGUAGAACCUUCACUGCUCAUGAGAAGUUCUACAAUGAGAACGAAGGUGGCCAGGAUGCUAUGUACAAGAUUAGUAAGGCGUACUCAGUGUAUGACAAUGAUGUUGGUUACACACAAGGUCUAUCCUUCCUGGCUGCUGUACUGUGGCUUCAUAUGCCAGAAGAGCAAGCCUUUGCUGUGUUGGUGAAGAUCAUGUACGAUAAAGGUUUAAGAGAUCUGUUCCUCAACAAUUUCCAAGAACUUCAUGUCAAAUUCUUCCAGCUCGAUAGACUACUGGAGGACAACGUCCCAGACCUGUACAGCCACUUUGUCCACAUCGGUAUUGAGACCCACAUGUUUGCAUCUCAGUGGUUCCUCACUCUCUUCACUGCCAAGUUUCCUCUCCAUACCGUGUUUCAUAUCAUGGAUGUUUUCCUCUCAGAGGGAAUGAUAGUCAUAUACCAUGUAUCACUUGCUCUCCUGAAGUUAUCUAAGAAGGAACUCCUAGGCCAGGAUUUUGAAGGUGUGUUGAAGUUCUUCAGAGUGACCCUUCCUAAGAAGUACCGCUCGGAUGAGAGCGCUGUGGAACUCAUGCAAGUAGCCAUGUCUACAAAGGUCAGUCAAAGGAAGUUAAAGAAGUAUGAGAAGGAAUUCUACGCCAUGAAGGAGGACGAGGAGAGAGAAGACCCUGUUGAUAGAUUAGAGAGAGAGAACAAGCAAAUGAUGGAAGCCAAUCUUCAUUUAGAAAGAGAGAAUGAUGAACUUGCCCAUGAACUCAUCACACAUAAACUCAUGAUGGAAAAACAGUUAGAUAAGGAGCGUGAUCGUGCAGAUGAGCUAGAGAAGGAACUCAAAGCUCUUAGGUUAGCGCUUCAUGACUCAGAAGAAGAGAAGCGUCAUCUUGGCUCCGAGACCGCCCAGGUGAAGGAGAUGUACAGAAGAGAAACCGAGAAGGCUGAAUCAGAGUCUAAGAGAAACUCAACCAUCAUUGGAGAAUACAAACAAAUUUGUUCACAACUCAGCGAGAGAUUAGAGAAACAACAGACCGGGGCUAAACAAUCUAUGCUGGAUCUUAGGGAAAAGUUGCAGAGCUGCGAUAAAUGCAACAAACUAAUCAGCGAAGACGGAAAAUACGAGAGGUCACCAUCUGACCCCAGACCGCCCUCUCUGGUCAAAGAGGAACCCGAGUUAGCAGCGGCCCUGAACCAGGUCCGAGAGUUUGAGUUGGAGCUAGCCCAGACCAAGCUCCAGCUGGUGGAGUCUCAAUGUCGGGCUCAGGACCUGGAGCAUCAGUUGAAUAAUGCUAUUACUGAGCUCCAGGUUGUGAGGAAUGCAUCGGCAGGAGGCAAUGCUAACUCCUGGAUCACUAAGACAUUCUCAUCGUUCUCAUCGCUCAAGGAAGCUACAGGGACAGUCAAGAAGUUAGAACAGUAAUAUCACUUCACUCUUCUUGUCCAGAUGCUUCGUCAAGAAAUUAGAACAGUAGUAUCACUCCAUUUUUCUUUUCCUAAUUAUUCCUCAGACUGUUCAUGUAGUUAUAUAUCCUGAAAUCUGCUUGAGUAAUCAGAUCAGUACAUAUUAAUUUAUAGAUAAAUCUGUACAUAGUUAAAAAAAAAAUAGAUGCAUAUAUUAUAUAAGUAUCAAAGGAGUUAAAAGCAUAGAAAUUGAAAAUGUUUAUUCCAGGAAUUGUUCAUCUUUUAUUUCAAAUUUGUUUUCUUAUUCGUUAUGUUUGAAUUAAUAGUGUUGUGAUAUACAAUUACACAGUGCCAUUAAUCUAGAUGUAUUCCAGAAUGCACACACAAUUAGGAUUAAUGUUGUUUAUUUCAAUGUCAUUGAGUUUAUUACAUUUUUAUACAUGAUUUCUAUUUCUGUAAUUGAUAAUGAUGAUGAUCCACAGCAUUUAUAUUGUACCAUAUAUCUGUGAACAACAUUCGUAGGUGCAGUAAUUCAUUGUCAAUAAGUUGCUGUUCUACACCAUCCUGUAUAUUGUCCAGAGAUAUUUUUUUUUAGCGACAGUCAAACUAUUGAAUCAUCUCACAGCAAUUUCAAGAGCUCUGAAUUGCAAUAAACUCAUUUUCUUUUGUUGAUUUUGAAUGUGUAUUCAAACAUGUGAAUGGAUGACAAUAUGAUAAUGUCCACCUUUUGUCUUGCCUGAUCUACUAAUCUUGUUACUUAAAAGAAAUUGUCAUUUGUUAUAUGAAAUGAUUAGAAUUAAUACUAAUUUUUCAAGGGGAUGUUUUACAAACAGUUAAGUCUAACUAGACAUUACACGUUACAAGUGCAUAUAAUAUUCAAUACACAUUCUCAUUGAUUGAUAUGUGGUAGAGCAUGUGUCAUGAGCGUCAUAUGACCAAUACCGUGAUGUGAUAUUCCACAUGCAUCUGAAAAGUUAAGUGUAUUUUGCAUUUGUGUUUUGUUUUUUGUCACACCUAGUUUCUUUGAGAAAUGCCCUCAUAUUUUCAAUAUUGUUUUCAAGAUUUUGGUUGCACAGGUUAGUAAUUUUUGAGUGUUAUCUGUUUAGAUUUUUGUUAAAAUUAUUAAUGUUAUUACUUUAUUUCGUUUUCUUGUAUUUGAUAUGGUUUAUAACCUUACAACAAUGAAAGAUAAGUAUUGAUCACCAUCAUUUCUAUUUAUGCUCCUAUGAUGAUCAAGACAAAGUUUGGUCAAGCAAGUUUAGUCAAAUUUCAUGUUGAAUAUAACACAUAUUUUGCACAAAUUUUUUUUUAUUUGAAAUUUCCAUAUAAGUGUAGCUAUUGUUAUUAAAGAAAAAUAAGCUAUUUUCAUAUUUUUUAGUAUGCAAAGAUGAGUCGUAUAUGAUUAGAUUAUCACAUUAAAAUAAGAAAGAUUGUGUACUUUUCCCCGUACCUCAUAUCUUAUUGAGCCAAAGCAUUAACUCAGAAUUAUUAUAACUAAUAAAAACAUUCAGCAUUUCAAUGUGAUUGUGAAAUAAAGUUAUUUAUUGUAGAAUGCUGUGAAAAUGUUAAAAAAAAGAAAUAAUCAUUACCCAUAUGCCAGAUGAAAUCCAUGUAAAUAAUCGUUUGAAAAUAAUUAAGGAAUGUAUUAUGAGUAUAGUGUUAUUAGAGUGAUGAUGUAAUGAUAUAUUAAUCUUGAAAAGUAGAUGUAUAUGAUAUUUGAUGAUUUUUUUGUGAUAUUCCUUUUCAUAGGAUUGUAAUUAACAAUAUAUAUAUCUUCCUUUCUACCUAAAGUACUCCGCAUGUCAUGUAAAUGAAAACCUAUAACGAUUCUGCCAACGAAAGAUAUAGUUGUAUUUCCAUAUUUUGAUGCAAAAUUGCUUAUAUAUACCCUUUUUUCUAAUUAAAGAAAGAAAAUAUGUAUGAGAACAUGUUUCAUAGUAUUUGUUGAUGCAUUUUGCAACUUAGAAGCCAACUUCUCAUUUUUGUCUGAAAAUUUGGCCAUGCGUCCACCACAUUGUGAAUAAGAUAGUCUUAGUGUACCAUACCUUGUAUUUUGCAAUGCCAUGAGUAUUUAAUGCUCCUCUAUUUAUUCCAUAUUCACAUGUAUUAUAUAUGUAGCUUUGUAUAUACCAUUGCUUACUGUGUAAAAUGAACCCGUAUAGCUUGGAUGUGUGCUAGUCCUGUGAGGGUACACUGUGUUAAUGAUAAAAUAAAAUAACUUUAUAAUACUAUCUUCAAAUCAGAGAAAUUACAGCAUUAUAAAGUCAUUUGUCCAGUUUCAGAAAUGUUUAUCAAUGAGAAGUAAUGAAACCAGCUGACAAAAUGCAGACUUCCAAUUAGUUGAGCUAUAGAUAGAGUUUGUGAAACAAGGCCCUCUCGUGUGCACUCAUGAAUAUUCAUGUGUCUUUUACACAAUGUUUGCUUUACAUCACAUUUAUAUUAUUUGUGAUGAUUGGUGUUGUCACUGGUCUAACUUGGGGGAAAGAGAUAAUGCAAUGAAUCAAUGCAAUAAUUAGUAAUCUUGGAAAAGAGAGGAUUUGUGGUAUUUUUAGUUAUAUCAGAUGAGGAAUGAAAUAAAUUGAAGAUUGAAAUCUUGUUGAGUCAGUGACUCCCACUCUGAAAAAGAAAAUAAAUUAGACCUUUCUUUCCAAUCAUAUAACAUCUGUAAAAUAUCAUUUUACACUAUUCAUGAUGCCCAUAAAUGUCACCUAACAUAACAUCUGAUAAUUUCAGCUGAAUUCUGUUGAAGAUUAACAUCUGUGGAUAUUUUGAAAAAAAUAAAUGCUGUUGUAAUGGAAACUUCUCACAAAGACCUGGGGCUUGCCUUUUGCGGAUAUAAUGGUUUAAAUACAUCUCAAAUUAUUAAAUGGAAGACUGAAUCCUCACUUAUGAUUGGUGGAAAAUAAAUUUCUAAUUAAUUAUAACAGUAGGGUUUGAUUGCAUCUACAUGUGCAAGGUGGUCCAGGGUUUUUGUCUGGUUCAGGGUUUUUUUCUGUCUAAGUUUUUUUUUUUUAAUGAAGGUUUCAGUUCAUUUGUUAAUGAUUUCUUUCUGUUAUUUAUUGGUGUAUUUUUUUUUACAGUAUGUGAUCGACAAUAAUAUGGAGUAAGCAUGGUCUGCAACAUAUCAAUUAACCUUAAUGUGCAAUAAACAAGUUUCAUUUAAGAUUAUCAUCAUCCAUUUGCUAUAUUAAGAUUACAUCAUAUGGAGUGAUGUCAUGUUUAUUUUCUGGUAUGAUGACAUUGUAUUGUCUUGAAUUAUUUUGACCAACAACAUUCACAGUUCUCUUUGUGUUCUCUCUGAAAAUUUAUCAACCCAAUAGGUCUUAAAUUUGAGGAUAUCUUUUUCUUAUCCUUGUUUUCUAUUAAGCUUGUGGCUUUUUUUAUAAAUAUAUAUCAAACCUAAUUCAACCAAUUAAAGGUAAUUCCUUUCUUUUUUGUCCAUAAACCUUCCGUAGGAUAUUAUUUUCUUUUACACAAUGUGAAAUCUUAUGUUUGUUGGAUGUUGUAGAUUUAAAAGUCUAUAAUUUGCACUUGCACUGAGUGACCAUAAGUGAUGCAUAGCCUUGUGCUGAAUUUGAAAAGAACUAUUAAAUACUGUAGCAAACUCAUUUACUCAUGAAUAAGGUAUUUUCUUGUUUCUUGAUCAAAAAUCUAAAACUAGGCCUAGCAACAUGACACUUGGUGGGGAUUGUUGGGCUGAUUUCUAUGUAUGAUCGAUCGUAAAAAUAUGCCUCACGAUCAAUCACUAAGCUUGAUGUUAUGGAGCCCCAAUGAGUCUAUUUCAUUGUCAUUGUCUUCUAUCAUCUGAACUUGAGCUCAUAUAGAAUAAACAUAUAUUCACAGACAUGCCAACCAUUCUCUUGUCAGAGUAUUUGUUCAUCUUUUUUGCUAUGAAUAUGCCAAUACUUUUUUGUAUGAUUUGUUACCUUUUUUUAAUUUACGAUCAUGGAGUAUGUAUUAUACACAGCACACAACACUAGUGCUGGUCCCAGACCGGUAAAAAUCAAUGUGGGGCCAGUAACUUAUUGCAUGAAAAGAACAAGUAAAAUUUUGUCUAAGAGCACAUGUUGAAAAUGGUGAAUUAUCAAGUUUUCAAGUAGAGUAAUUUCCCAUGUUUUUUCACCGAUCUCGCUACAACAGGCUGGCGAUUGAAACAUUGAGGAAAAUUUUUGAAAAUACUCUUAUAUUGAAACAGGUUGUCACUACAGCAGGUCUAACUGUAAUAUUUUAUCACAAGAGUGCACUGGAGAAUGGUGAAGGAUGACUUUGAUGCAACAUUGGUAGAAAGUCAACUCAAAUUUGUCCAAUCAACAUUUUCUAAGAGGUUGUCUGAGCGUAGUUUGGUAGUGACUAGUUAGUUCUAUGUACAGUGUUUGUAAAUAUUAAGAGAAGGCUAGGUGUUAAACAUAUGCAACCUUAUGUGUAGCAGUGAUGAACAGAAUGGUGAAUGAAAAUAAAUGUCCAUUGACCACCAA